AUGAAUACGCAGUGCUGCACUCCGCCUUCGAUGGGCGGUGGUGAUGAUCUCUUCCUAGCCUCCUGCCAGUAUCAGCUGUUUGCGAACGAGGAGGAAGACCAAGAGGUGGAAAAUACGGCACUUCAGACGAGUGUAACCAUACGACCGUCCGAUAGCUUUCCGCGUCUCGUCCAAUCGUACUCAUCUGAGGAAAUACCGCCAAGCGGCCUGCUCGACACUAACGUGGAACUGCCCUCACCCCCGCGCCUGCCACGCUCUCCGCGACGCGCUUUUCAGCCAAUCUCGAUCAACCUCCCCGGCGACAGCUCCUUCGGGCGAACCACCUUUCAGGGGUGUUCAGUCGAGGCGGCUGCCAGUGACAACAUCACAAACACACUCUGGCCUCCCCUUACCACAUCGACGCAACCCAACUCCGCCCCCACGGCAGCACCAGCAGCAAAUGUGGGCGCAACACAUCUGCAGACACCGGAAGUGCAGCGCACGAACCACACCGUGAGCACUCCGAACGUAAUAGGGCAACUUCUCUACACUCCCCAAAUACCGCCGGUGUGCCAGGCAUGGCGAGCCAACCUGGAUGCUGAGCUUGACACUGGGAGCAGACGCUGGGCACCCGACCAGAUGCCGUCCAUUACGAUGCUUAUCGACAACGCUCUCUACGUCGGCGGAUUUCCAGAUUCUCAGACUGUGUCGCAGCUGCACGCGCUGGGCAUCCGCCACAUUGUCAAUUGCUGCGCGCAGGACAUUCGUACAGUCCCCGAAGUGGCUUCGAGCUUCCACCUGCACAACUUGGAGUCAUUUGACACGGAAGAGUAUUUGAUUCUCCACCGCGACUACGACGUUUUUGCCGGACUGGUCUCCACUAUUCUGGAAAAGGGGGAGAAGGUGUUCGUGCACUGCGUCGCUGGUGUGAAUCGCAGCGUGGUGCUGUGCGCGGCGUACCUCAUGGAGCGUCUCUCGCUGAACCCAGUGGAGGCAAUUCGUGUGUUUCGUACCAAUGGGCGCACGCGCAUCUUAGACAACAAAGGAUUCCGCCAUCAGCUCGUUGAUCACUACCUUCAAAGCGUGGAGCCACACAGUGCGAGGCUAGGGCUGCUGUAA